UUGAUUGGACUCCGCCCUGUUCAGCACCUCAGCCAAAAACUGUCAAAAUGAAGCUCUGAAAUGAAUUGUCCAGUUCGUAAGCUUAAAUAAACCUUACACGUAUUAGUUUUGACAAUAAAUCCCGGGUAUGGUUUACCUUUCACUGCUCUGCACGUUGGCGUUGCUGUUCUCCUCUGACGGAGAAGCAGCAACUUUUGGCGCUUCAAAUCAAACAAUCCAGUUAAUGAAACACGUUUCCCGAAGAGAGACACCUAUUCUACCCCCGCCGUACCUGCAGCUCCCCGUGUCUGUGGACUCCAGGCUUCCGCUUGUGGAUAAACAGAAUUUCUCUCCGUCAAGGGGCGCCGGACAGGAACCUUUACCUGAGCAUGUUUGGGAAGUCCUGCUCCCGAAUGGGCCUCAGACCAGGCCGCCAAGUGUUUCGGGUCUUUCCGUAAGAACUUCGUGCGUAAGGGAAAAGAUGCUCGUGCAGGUGGAUAAGCACCUCUUGGGCACUGGUGAACCACAGUCUCAUGUCAAACUGGGAACAUGUCAACCCAGCAAAUCAACGAGGUAUUAUCUUUACUUUGAGUACAACUUGGGCAUGUGUGGAACAACACGAGCGAUUGUUAAUAACCAGGUUGUCUAUUCAAACACUUUACAAUACGACCCGCCAACGCUCCAUGGACCAAUCAGACGAUCUGCACCUUUCAGCCUGCCUGUUUCAUGUUAUUAUAACAGGUACCACCACUUGUACAAAAUUGGCUACAAACCAAUGAGGCACCAAGCCAGAUUCCUUCUGACUCAACGAAAUGCUCAGUGGGAGAGGCUUUUUCCAUCAGAUCAGUAUGUGCUCAGGAAAACCAUGUACUUUGAAGCCGAGGGUCCGUCCAUGUCCCAAGACCAAAGACUGUACGUCCACAUGUGUUACGUAACACCUGAGAAGUCCCACACCUCCAAGCCACAAUUUCAAGUGGUGGAAAACUUUGGGUGCAUCACUGAAAGCAGAGACCGGAGGUCCAGAUUCAUCCCUUACAAAAACAAUGCUGUGAGAUUCUCCGUGGAUGCAUUCUUAUUCAAAGGAAUGGCGGGCCAGCAGCUCUACAUGCACUGCAGCAUGUCAGUGGGCUGUUCCGUCCCCACACCUACAGCCAAGUCCUGCAACUACGACACAGAAGCACAAAGAUGGGUUGAGCUAUAUGGGAAGGACUCAGUGUGCACCUGCUGCGACUCCAACUGCUCUGCUGCAUCUACAGAGACCAAGAUAGUAAGCAGCAUGCUGUGGACGGUAGAAACGAAAGUCAAACACAGAAAAGUCCCAAAGAGGAAGACGCUUUGCAACACAACAAAAACAGAAACGACAGGUCAGCGGGCGACGACCGAGAGGUGACGACUCUACACCCUGAAAUGAUCGAAGUGACUAAAUCGGGUAAGGUGGAGAACACGGUGAAGGAGUUGGAAUGGCCGUUUGGAGGUGGAGGUGUGCAUUGGGUUGAGAUGGAGGAGGAAGAGGAGCAGGUCAAGGGCUCUGCUGUUGUUGAGAAGGAGGAGGAGGAGGUAGUCACACAAUCUCGUACGAUAUUUGAAGAAAUCUUUGAUUUUGCAAAAUAAACUAACAUUUGCACAGUGAUAACUUCAGUGCGAGUGGCUCAUUAUAUGAAACUUAAUAAGCUCAGACUGAUAAUCUACACGCAACACUAAGACAAAAGCAAUCAGCAUUUCAAAGGAAUAGAAAUAUAUAUGUA